AUGAAUAAUUUUAUAUAUCAUGAGUUUAUCAAGAUUAACGUUGAUGGUGUUUGUCUGCCGCAGUCGGGAUCAACGUCCAUAGGGGUAAUUGCGCGUGACUUUGAGGGACUGGUUAUUACUGGUCGUACUCUGUUUUUUUUUUGUCCACGUGAUGCUGGUUUAGUUGAAACGUUGGCUACUUGUUGCGGUUUUCGUUUUGCUGUGGAACAUGGAUACUCACAUAUGAUCAUAGAAAGAAAUGCAACUAACAUCGUUAAUCAAGUUCUUAAUCCCCAUACAGGUUCGGCAUGGACAAUCAUGUCGCGUCCGUUCAUCGAGUAUAUUAUUAUGGGAUGGGAUAAUCUACCCAGAAUCCUUCUCAUGUAUUACACAAACUUCAUCUCUUCCCCUGAAGGCUACUUCCAGACGGUGGUAUGCAAUAUUCCGGAAUUCGCCAAGACUGUCAUCAAUCAUGAUAUGUAUUACAUUAAAUGGGACAAUCCUCCUAAACAGCACCCACAUGUACUUUCUCUUAACGAUCUAGGCAGGAUGAUUUGGAGCAAUGCUGCAUUCGCUCGCAAGUUCAAAUGA